GCCGGUUUUAGUUAUUAAUUAAAGGGCCCAUUAGUUGUUUCUUGUUUAGCAAGUUGUUAACCCUAAUUUAUAUCUUAUAAAUACCCAAUCAUGUAACUAUAAUCUGGUUUGUUUUCUUUUGGAGGUUGCUUGGUUUCGGGCUGUUAUUCCUUGGUUUUUUCUCUGGUUUUUUUUCUCUCGUUCUGCAAUGGCCGAGGACGGGAGGGUUCGAAUCGAGAAGUUCAAUGGUACUGAUUUUGCAUGGUGGAAAAUGCAAAUAGAGGCGUUGCUUGGUGAGUGCGAUUUGGACAUGGUACUGGAAGAGAAACCGGAUGGAAUGGAUAAGGCUGCUGAAGCAAUUUGGGACUCAAAGGACAAAAAGGCAAGAGGUAAAAUUACACUAGCUUUGACGAGGAGUGUGGCAUUUAAUAUCAUGAAGGAAACAACUGCUCGUGGCAUGAAGUUCGAUGAUGACACUCAGGUUGUGAUUCUGUUAUCUUCCUUGCUUGAUAGUUGGUCGAGAUUUGUGACAACGGUUACUGAAACUACUGGAACAGGAAACUUGAAGUUUGAUCGGAUACGGGAUAGUGUUUUGGGUGAAGAUAUUCGCCGGAGGAACGCUAGUGGAGGAUCUACUUCUGGGUUACUCAGUGUUAGCAGGGGAAGAGGUAAUAACAGAAACAGUGGGAGUCAUGGGAAGAGCUCGUCUAAGGCUGGAAAGAAUGUGGUGUGUUGGGUCUGCAAAGAAGUUGGGCAUGUCAAGAGUCACUGCCCAAACAAGAAAAACGAAAUUAGCGCAGUUGUUGGGAAUGCAUCUGAUGAUGAUAGUGAUGGAUUGAUACUCAGCAUGGAAAGCUAUGUUGACUCUUGGGUCAUGGAUUCUGGUGCUUCGUUUCACGCCAUGCACAGCGGUGAGGCGAUGGUGAAUCUCAAAAAGGGAGACUUUGGAAAG